AUGGUGAUGUCCCAAGGAACGUACACAUUUCUGGCUUGUUUUGCCGGGUUUUGGAUGAUUUGGGCGGCUGUGGUCCUCCUCUGCUGCUUCUGCAGUUUCCUCCAGAGACGUUUAAAGAGCCUCAGAGAGGAGCCGCUGACGGGGGCUGAGUCUAUGUCCUGCCCCCCUCAAGGUCACCCACCUUCCCACAUCACACCCGCUCCAGCAGAGCCGAGGGAGACCACGCAGCUCUGCCAGCCACAAGUCUGUCCAUCACAGGCCUACCAGCCUCAGCUUUGUCCAUCACAGGUCUGCCAGGCACAGGUCUGCCAGUCACAAGUCUGCAAUCUACAGGCUGUGUCCAGUACCACGCCGCUCCAAAUCCCACACUUGCUGCCUCAAGCCAACUGGGUCACCAUGACAACAGGUAAUUAA